AUGAAACAGAUGAAGCCUCAGCCAGAGCAUUUACAACAAAGUGUGCAGUUCUUUGCUUCGUUUGUUCUUAUAUCUUCAGCGCUUAAACUUAUGGAGAGGCCAGUGAAGGGUUGGUCAUACCACCACUCAGAUUCUACCAGGACAUGGCAAGAGGCCAGAAACUGGUGCAGGCAGCACUACACCGACUUGGUGGCCAUCCAGAACAAAGAUGAAAUUCAGUACCUCAACGAAAAUCUUCCAAGACGCAAUGGCUAUUACUGGAUUGGUAUUCGUAUUAAUAACCAGUGGACCUGGGUGGGAACUAACAAAACACUUACUGCUGAAGCUGAAAGGGCAGAAAUGGAGCCCAAUAACAAAGAGAAUAAUCAAGACUGUGUGGAAAUAUAUAUUAAAAGAGAGAAAGAUGUAGGUAAAUGGAAUGAUGAAUCCUGCUCAAAAUCGAAGACAACAUUGUGCUACACAGCAUCCUGCGCGAGCGAUUCCUGUGUCAAUGGUCAUGGAGAGUGGGUAGAAACCAUAAACAGCCAUACAUGCUCAUGCUUUGAUGGUUUUUUAUGGAAAUACAUGUUGAAAAUGGUGAGUAACAGGAAGUCAUCACUGGAUCAUUCUAGUAAGCAAUGCUCACAUCCUCAUGGAAACUUUGCGUAUGGCUCUCAGUGUGAAUAUUUCUGUGAGGAGGGUUAUGAACUGAAGGGUUUCAGUACAACGAGAUGCAGGUCUACAACAGAGUGGACAAGCAAACCACCAUCUUGUGAACUUGUUCAAUGCCCAGAGUUGGCCAAACCAAGGAAAGGUGGGAUGCAGUGUGAUCAUCCAAUGAGUGAGUUCAGCUAUCAGUCCAGCUGUGAGUUUGUGUGUGAUAAGGAUACAAACUGCAGAACUCCAGCUCCUCUAUUACUGAUCUGUGGAGCAACGGGACACUGGAAUGAUUCACAGCCCACAUGUGAAAUUGUAAAAUGCAAAGCAGAGGAUAUCGCCCCACCAGCUCAUGCUGACAUCAAGUGCACCACUAAAGAUUUCUCCUAUGAAUCUCAGUGUGAAUAUUCCUGUGAGGACGGUUAUGAGCUAAAGGGUUCAAGUGCAACACGUGCACUUCCAACAUCAGAGUGGUCAAGUGAACCAACCACUUGUGAACUUAUUCACUGCCCAGCCCUUGAUAAACCUGUCAAUGGAAACCUUAGCUGCAAUUCAAGCUUAGUUAUGGGAAGUGAAUGCAGCGUACAGUUGUGCAGAAGGAUUUAUCCUCAAGGAGUUUCAGAGAUCAGCUGUACAAAAACAGCAGAGUGGAGUCAGAAACCACCUCACUGUGAAGUUGUUCAAUGCCCAGAGCUGACCAAACCACAGAAAGGUGGCAUGCAGUGUAAUCAUCCAGUGAGUCAGUUCAGCUAUCAGUCCAGCUGUGAGUUUGUGUGUGAUGAAGGACACAAACUGCAGAACUCCAGCUCCUCUAUACUGAUCUGUGGAGCAACGGGACACUGGAAUGAUUCACAGCCCACUUGUGAAAUUGUAAAAUGCAAAGCAGAGGACGCCCCACCAGCUCAUGCUGACAUCAAGUGCACCACUAAAGAUUUCUCCUAUGAAUCUCAGUGUGAUAAUUCCUGUGAGGACGGUUAUGAGCUAAAGGUCAGUGCAACAACAUGCACUUCGACAUCAGAGUGGUCAAGUGAACCACCAACUUGUGAACUUGUUCAGUGCCCAGAGUUGGCCAAACCACUGGAAGGUGACAUGGAUUGUAAUCAUCCAAUGGGUCAGUUCAGCUAUCAGUCCAGCUGUAGUUUUGUGUGUGAUGAAGGAUACAAACUGCAGAACUCCAGCUCCUCUAUACUGACUUGUGGAGCAACGGGACAAUGGAAUGAUUCACAGCCCACUUGUGAAAUUGUAAAAUGCAAAGAAGAGGAUAUCACACCACCAGCUCAUGCCAAAGUCCACUGCACUAAUGAAGACAUACCCUAUGAAUCUCAGUGUGAAUAUUUCUGUGAGGAGGGUUAUGAACUAAAGGGUUCAAGUACAACAACGUGCACUUCAACAACAGAGUGGUCAAGUGAAUCAACAAUGUGUGAACUUAUUCAGUGCCCAGCCCUUGAUAAUCUUGUCAAUGGAGAUCACAACUGCAAUUCAAGCUUCAGUUAUGGGAGUGAAUGCAGCUUCAGUUGUGCAGAAGGAUUCAUUCUCCAGGGGGCUUCAGAGAUCAGCUGUACAAAUACAGCAAAGUGGAGUCAGGAACCGCCUCACUGUGAAGCAGUGGUUUGUCCUCUGCUUCCUGACCUAGCGAAUGGGUACACAAACUGUUCAUCUGAAGAACUCUUCUUUGGCACCGUCUGCAACUUCAUUUGUUUUGAUGGCCACCAGCUUGACAGUAAUGAGACUGUGAUGUGCAGGCAUGAUGGGAGAUGGUCAGGGAGUGAAGUGGCAGUGUGUCAAGCUCGACCUGGUCCUUCUGAAUCACUCUUCAAAGCGACAGAAGUGGCUCUUGGGGUUGCAGGAACUGUCGGCAGCUCCAGUCUGUUCUUAGUCUACUGGAUACUGAAGAAACUGAAGAGUAAUGCUAACAAGUUUAAACUGAACAGCACUUUGGAUAUCGUGGAUCCACCACAGGCUUAUAAGAGCAGUUCUGACAGUCUCAUAUAGAGCAGAAGUACUUCAAACUACACUGUGA